GCCGUGCGGGCGGCGGCGCGGCGUUGCGAGGUGUGGCGCGGCGGCGGUGUGGACGCGAGGCUCACACGCGAACGCAACUCACAUCCUGAUUUUUGUCAGUUUUUCCACCAUUAUCAAUCACCAACCUACCUUCGUGAUGUACUGGAGCGGUCUAAGUGCUGCUGCAAACGCAGCUGCUGCCUACCAGACGGGCCAGACUGGUUAUCCAGUUGGCCACACACCAACAGGCACCUACACCACACAGCGUGCUGCAGGAUCCACAUAUGACACAGGCUAUCAAACAGCUGCAGCUGCAGCUGCAACUCAUUCUACUGCAGCGGGCACUUACCCAAGUGCAGCAGCAUCAGCUACUUAUGACUAUGGGUAUGGCCGUACUACACAGACUGCUGCUGCUGCUGCUGCAGCUGCAUAUGACUCUUCCAAGACUUACUACGCACAACCAUCAUCUGCUACUGCUUACACUGGUGCAGACACUCACUAUCACAUUGUCUUGCCCACAGAUAAGGCUGCGUAUACCAGUGCCAGUGCAUAUACAACAACAUCCAGACAGACCACUCCUGUGGUGACCCCAAAGACCAGCUACACAGGUACCUAUCCUGGUGCUGCUGCUGCUGCUGCCACUGCAACCUACAACACUUCCCCAUAUGCUGUUCAGACCACAACAGCCAACAAAACUGCAUUGCCUGUAUACAUGCAACAGACAUCACAACCACCAGCUGCAGCUGUUGCUGCUGUAAAAACUGCAGGGAACACUUGGCAAACCUUCAAAAAGCCCCAAGUGCCAGGCAAAACUCCAAAACCUAAGGCACCACCAAAGCCUCAGCAACUCCAUUACUGUGAUGUGUGUAAAAUCAGCUGUGCAGGACCACAAACUUAUCGAGAACAUCUUGAGGGUCAAAAGCAUAAGAAGAAGGAGGCUGCUGCAAAAGCUGGCCCUACUCCAUCUCGACAUGGUGCCUCCCUUCGAUGUGAACUCUGUGAUGUUACUUGUACUGGUGCAGAUGCAUAUGCUGCUCACAUUCGUGGUGCAAAGCAUCAAAAGGUAGUAAAGCUGCAUCAGAAGCUUGGCAAGCCCAUUCCUUCAACUGAUCCUGUUGUGGUUGGUGGUACCACUAAGACAUCAACCACCACGGCUGGGGCUACUGAAGGGGCCAAAACCACAACUAGCGGGACAACAGCUGCGUUAACUAGUCUGCUCAUGACCACAGAUGUGAAGAAGGAAGACUUAAAGGAUGAUUUGCUUGAUCUGAAAGAAAAGGAUGUUGAACCAGUUGGACAAGUGUAUAUUGAAGAAAUUAAAAAUGAGGAAGGAAAAGUAAUCAGCUUCAAUUGCAAGUUGUGUGAGUGUCGUUUUAAUGAUCCCAAUGCAAAGGAAAUGCACAUGAAGGGCCGUAGACAUCGUCUGCAGUACAAGAAAAAGGUUAAUCCAGAACUUGUGGUUGAGGUAAAGCCAUCCCUUCGUCAGCGGAAGCUUCAGGAGGAAAAGCUUCGUCGGCAGCAGCCGGAUUUGCACCAGCUACGCGAGGAAAUGUGGCGACGACGGGAAGAAGAACGUUUGCUGGAGGAGGAAGAAAGGUGGUACUGGGAGGAGCGAAGGAGAUAUGAAGAAGAGUGUGAGUACUUGGACUGGUGCCGACGCUAUCCCAGAGGUCCUCCUGGACCUCCUCCCAUGAUGCCCCCAGGGAUGCCACGUCCACCUUUCAUGCCCGGAAUGCCUCCCAUGAUGCCUAUGCGGAGACCAGAUUCCAGUGAUGAUCGUCAUGUUCUUGCUAAGCAUGCAGAAAUUUAUCCUAAAGAGGAGGAGCUGGGUGCGAUCCAGAAGAUUGUGUCAAAUACUGAGAAAGCUCUUAAAAUGGUCUCUGACUACCUUGCAGAGGUAGAUGCCCCCAAAGAGCAACAAAUCAAACCCAAGACCAAAAAAGAAGAAGAGAACAAGGGAGAAGAUGAAAAGAAAGAUGGGGAGAAGAAGGAAGAUGGUCCACCUCGAAUGCUGAAGGGUGUUAUGCGUGUUGGCAUUCUGGCAAAGGGCCUUCUCUUGAGAGGAGACACCAGUGUGCAGCUUGUAGUGCUAUGUGGAGAUAAGCCAACAAGAACGCUUUUAGACAGAGUUGCUGAUAACCUUCCAAAACAGCUAUCUGUGGUUGCUCCAGAAGACAAAUAUGACAUCCAGAGAGUGGUGGAGGAGGCAGCACUUGUGGUACAGAACAUUGGGGAACAGAAGAUCUGUGUCAAUGUGACCCUCACAUCCCCCAUCAUGAGAGAACAACUGCUGCAUGAUGGAGACUCCCAGGUGACCGCCGUCAAGGAUCCUCCAGAUGUGCUCGACAAGCAGAAAUGUCUGGACGCGCUUGCCGCCCUCAGACAUGCCAAGUGGUUCCAGGCUAGAGCAAAUGGACUUCAGAGCUGUGUGAUGGUCAUCAGAAUCCUGCGUGACCUUUGUCAGCGCCUGCCAACCUGGGGCCCCUUGAACAGUUGGGCCAUGGAACUUAUGUGUGAAAAAGUUAUUGCCUCUGCUGGACAGCACCUAAGUCCUGGAGAUGCCUUGAGACGGGUGUUUGAGGCCUUGGCUUCAGGGUUGCUAUUACCAGGGUCUCCAGGUCUUCUUGAUCCAUGUGAGAAAGAUCCUAUUGAUGCUGCAUCUCCACUUUCUGCUCAAGAACGAGAAGAUAUCACAGCAUCUGCACAACAUGCCCUGAGGUUGAUUGCAUUCCGUCAAAUACACAAAGUUCUUGGAAUGGAUCCAAUCCCCCCACCAAAAUUCCAGCGAGGGGGCCGUUUCACUCGCAAGAGGAGACGUGACAACUCCACUGGCGAGGGUAAUGACUCCGAGGGUGAGUUGGACGGUGGUGAUGGGAAAAAGGACAAGAAAGAAGAUGGGGAAGACUCCAAGAUGGACACAGACAAAGAAAGCAAGUAAACCCAUUCUUGGUGCUGGUGUUGUUAAGUGUGAAAGUAUUUUAAGGCACGUUGUCAUAAUUUAGAGUUGAAUUUUGUUGAUGAAAUUCAGUAGAUAUAUGGAAAUAUUUAAUAGUUGUGUUAGGUUAAAUGCUGAUGCAUUAUUGAAAUGACUAAAUUGUGAUGCUUAUUUUUAUAACUUUCUUCUAUUGCAAGUGUGUUUGAGAAUCCAUGCCAAAUUUUAAGUUAAUGGGCAUUAGUCUUGCUCAUGAGAAUUUAUGAUUUAAAUUGUGAAACCAUGCAAAGUUCUUGUUUGUCAUUGUCAUAAACUAUUUCGAGAAAUAUUUUUUUAUCAUGUAAGUAGGUAGAUUUGUGUGACAUUAGAGAAGUACUCUCACACAAUAAAUGUGUGUGUAUAAUUAUGA